GUCAAGAGUGGAGGCAGCUGUUGGAAAAUGUUCAAAUAACGGCUGUGCAAUUAAUUUCAGCAGACGUCCCAGUGUGCUUUAUUGGAAAAACUGGACAACAACACCAGGCCUUCAUUUGGAAAAAAGGCAGAAGCAUGUUGCUGGAGCAUGUUUCAAUUGUGUUGGCCUGCAUGCAGCCCUCCCGGCCGCUAGGUGGCGCACGUGCGUCAAAUACCGCGGCCCUUGUGGUAUUACAGGAAAAGGUGCUGCCCGAUAGCCUUCAAACUGGCAGGUAUUUUCAGAAAUAAUGGAUCAGAAAAUCCCUUAUGAUGACUACCAGCUGCCGGUGGUAUUCCUUCCUUCAUAUGAGAACCCACCAGCAUGGAUAGCCCCACAGGAGCGUGUUCAGCACCCUGACUACAACAAUGAGCUCACCCAGUUCCUGCCGCGUACCAUUGUGUUGAAGAAACCUCCAGGAGCUCAGUUGGGCUUCAAUAUCCGUGGGGGCAAGGCGUCACAGCUGGGGAUCUUUAUAUCAAAGGUGGUCCCGGACUCCGAUGCCCACAGAGCAGGUCUGCAGGAGGGAGACCAGGUUCUUUCUGUGAAUGAGGUUGAUUUCCAAGACAUAGAACACUCGAGAGCUGUAGAGAUUCUGAAGACUGCGCGAGAGAUACUGAUGAGGGUUCGCUUCUUUCCUUACAAUUACCAAAGGCAGAAGGAGAGAACCGUGCAUUAGAUGAGAGGCGAGGAGAGGAGGGGGCGGGGCCUCUGCAGCUCCCUCACUGCUCGUCAUCACCCUCCUCCUACGGUCUCUGGCCUCCAUUCCGUCUCCGCUUCAAGAUGACUGAUGUAUGACUAACAGGCUCAUUCGAAGUCCUCUGUGUUCGGACAAUACGUACUCUGUUAUAUUCUCAGCUUCCUCAGUCACCCAGAUAGCUGAUUGCUCCCUGAUCUACUGUGAUACAUGGGGAUUCCGUUACUCUUUUGGGAUGUAUUCACAGGGGAAGAUACGGUACAAGCAGUAGGAUUAAAUUUCACUCUAUAAAUGAUGCAGCUGAUACACAUCUUUCUACUGAACCAUGACAUUUGUCGACCCUGCAUUCAUUUCUCCCACCAAGGCCUGUAAUUAAUGUUUCUACUGUAGACAUCGGUCUUGAUGACAAAGACAUAAAGGGGGCACACAUGCUCAGUUGAGUUAUUAUUAUGUACAUUUACCUUUAACUAAUUCAUCAGCCUGCUACUUACUAGUUUUUCCUGGAGCUUUGGAAAUAUUAUAUUAUGGUGUGAUAUCUUUUUUUUAAAUAUAUCUUAUGUUGACAUACUGUGUGUACAUGCAAAAGAAAUAUGCACAUGACAGCAUGGCCUGAUAUAUUUUAGGAUAAAUGAUAGUGCAAGACUUCUGGUAAAUAUCACUGAUCUUAAUACCGCUGUGAAUAUUUUGGACAUCCAAUUUUUAAAAGCAUAACUAUUUGAAUAUUAAUUUGUGCACAUGUAGUUCAGGGAGUGCUGAUACUAAAAUACUGUUUUAUUAAAUAACAUGCUUCUGG